GUCAAACUCAAAUACUCUCUCUUUUUUACGUUGCUCACCACCAACAAAACAAUAUAUAUAAUUAUAUAUAAACUUUUAUUUCACCUUUUAUUCAUAACACGUUAUCAGCACGACGAGCUCUCUUAUACCAACCGUUCUUAGACCAAGCAAGCGAGUAAUCAUGUCGAAUUUGACAAAGCUCGAAAUUAAUGCCCUGGAUAUUACGGGAAAUAACUAUAUGACCUGGGCAGUAGGUGCAAGAAUGCACCUAAGAGGUAGCGGGCUUUUGGAAACCAUCGAUAAUACUAAAACGGUGUCGGAUGAGAAAAAGGCUAAAGCCAUGAUAUUUUUACGACACCACAUACAUGAUGGUUUAAAAGAUGAAUAUAUUACGAAAGAGGAUCCUGGGGACCUCUGGCAAUCUCUUAAAGAGAGGUUUGAUCACCAGAAGUAUGUGAUCUUACCAAAAGCCAAACACGAGUGGAUCCAUCUCCGGUUCCAGGACUACAAAAGUGUAAGUGAGUUUAAUUCCGCUAUGUUCGGAAUUACUUCAAGGAUGAUGUUAUGUGGAGAGAAAAUAAGCGAUUAUGAUAUGAUCGAGAAAACUCUCUCCACGUUCCAUCCUGAAAAUGUAGUCCUGCAGCAACAGUACCGGGUGAAUGGAUUUAAGCGUUAUUCGGAGUUGAUGCAAAUCCUCCUUGUAGCGGAGCAAAAUAAUCAACUCGUGUUGUUAAACCAUCAAGCUCGUCCCACUGGAUCUGCUCCAUUCCCCGAAGUGAAUGUUGCAUCAUCCAGUUAUGAUAAUUGGAGAGGACGAGGACGUGGACGUGGUCGAGGUCGAAAUCAUGGUCGUGGGAGAGGACGAGGAAGAAGAUUCCGUCCGUAUGAUGAAAGAACUAAAAGGACUCCCAAGAGAAUGAAAGGGGCCGGGAUGAUAAAAGGCAAACAGAAAAGGUUUGCUACAGAUGUGGCAUGAAAGGUCAUUGGGUACGUACUUGUCGUACGCCAAGACACUUAGCCGAUCUAUAUAGAGAAUCCCAAUUGGGAAAAGAGAAAAGUGGGGGUGAAACGAAUUUCAUCUCUGAUGAACCCGGGCCAUCCUUUCAUGAUGAUACUCAUCUCGACGUAUCAGAUUUUCUGGUUGAGCCAGAAAAUAUCGAUGUGUGAUAUAAGAUCGAUGUGAUAUAAGUCUAUUGUAUUAUAGUAUCGUUAUCUUUUGUUGUAAGAUAUAUGUUAUGUUUCUUGUUUCAUGUUCAAUAAUAUAUGUUUUAUAAAUAUUUUAAAUUCAGAAAGAAUGCCAGACUUUGAGACUUUGGAUGGAGAUAUGUGCUUGGCAGAUAGUGCGUCAACGCACACAAUAAUUAAAGAUAGAAAAUAUUUCUCCAGUCUCAAAAUGAAAGAUUACGCUGGAAGCGUAAGUACAAUAUCUGGUAAUGCAAAGAUUAUUAUGGGCUCUGGUAGAGCGAAAUUUUCAAUGCCAGGGGGAACAAUAUUUGAGAUAAGUGAUGCAUUGUAUUCCCCCGAGUCUCAUAGAAACUUAUUAAGUUUUAAGGAUAUCCGAAAGAAUGGAUAUCAUAUUGAGACUAUGAGUAAAGAUGGCAUUGAGUUUCUUUGCAUUAAGUCCGAGAGGAAACAUAUAUUGGAAGAGUUAAGAAUGUUAUCCUCUGGACUAUAUUGUACAAAAAUAAACAUGACUGAGUCCUAUGCCGUGGUAAACAUGAAGUUUACUGAUACAUUUAAAAUCUGGCAUGAGAGGCUAGGACAUCCUGGUUCAGUCAUGAUGAGAAAGAUAGUGCAAAACUCGAAUGGCCAUCCGUUGAAACACGGAAAAGUUUUGCAAACGGGCGAGUUUACAUGUAAAGCAUGUUCUCAAGGAAAGUUUAUAACUCGGCCAUCACCAGCAAAAGUAGGCAAUGAAUCACCAAUGUUUUUAGAAAGAAUACAUGGUGAUAUA